AUCUCUUGUUACUACUCGUGAUAAGCGGACGUUAGCACGAAACAAUAUGGGUCUCCAGGAGGACUUCGACGCUGCUGCUAAAGAGGCUACUGAGAAGCUUCCUGACAGCGUUACCAAUGAUGAGAAGCUAGAGCUGUAUGCGCUCUUCAAGCAGGCUAACGAGGGUGACUGCAGCACCUCCCAACCGGGCAUCUUUGACCCCAAGGGGCGGGCCAAGUGGAACGCAUGGAACAAGAAGAAGGGCAUGUCAAAGGAGGAGGCCAUGCAGAAAUACGUCGAGUUCGUGGCUUCCCUGAAGGCCAAGCACGGGACCAAGUAACCAGCAGCUUAUUGCAGAGAAAAGGCGCUAUUGGGGAGGCUCUGUGCGCUAUGGAACCUGUAACUGACACCGUCCUAUGUAGGACAGCGAGUGUCAACGAGGAAUGACAGGGCGGCGGCAGAGUGCAGUGCCCUAGCAACUGCCGUUAUAUUAGCUGCUGGUGGCAGGCAGGUGUUACUUCACUUGGGGCGGCUAUUGCUAAAAUAGUGGGGUUGCAAUU